ACAGCUAGCCAAAAGAGACGCCUAAGUAGAUUAAGCCGCGUGUGGCUUGUUGAGAGACGCCGUUAAUGCCAUGUCAUGUCGUAAGGUUUUGAAGAAGUCGCAGUAGACCGUGAGACACGAAACGGAGACAUUCAAAAUUUACAGAGUAACAAGAGAGAGUACACGAAUCGUCAACGCCUUUUUAUAUAUUCAUACAUCCUCUUGUCUAUCUUCAUUCUCUCUCUGUUUCGGACAUAGUCAUUGAAGCCUUUCUUCAUUUCUCUCUGUAUAUCGAGUAACAUGGCAAACCGUGCGCACGUUCCAAAAUUUGGGGACUGGAACAACCAAUCUCAACCAUUCACAGCCGUCUUCGACAACGCGAGGACGAACAAACGAGCUGACUUGUACGAAUCUCUAGAGAACUCUGACAUCAAAACUCAAGCAAAACCUCCUCCUCCUCAACAACCUACUCCUAUAAUUCCAAAACCGGUUAAGGAGGGCAAGCCAAGAGCGCCACCACCACAAACCGUGAUAAACAAAGUCAGCGCUCCUCCUGCCGAUCAGCUCUACGGAGGUACAGGCGGACUAUACGGAGGUUAUGGAGGCGGAGGCGGAUCUGGAAACCAGAGGCAGCCUCAAGCUCCUCCCCGUCCACCAAAGACACAGCCUAAACCCAAUGUUAGAGGCGGCAACAACGGAAGGGGAGGGACAGCGAUUCCGCCAUUUCCAGGAUCAGUGGGCUCAGGGGAUCAGAACAUGAGUUACACACACAUUUUCGACCAAGUCAAAGAAGAGAGGCGAGAUGCCAGAUCCUACGGUGGAUCAGCAGGUAACACUCCAUCCCGCCACAUAAACGGUCAACAUGAAUCUCCCUCCCCAAGCUCCUCCAAGCUUUGUUGCUUUCCAUGGGGCCGAAAGGGAAGCAGGUAUUGAAGACAAGUGUAACAUAUCUUAUCAUCUCGCCACAUUUUCCCUAUUUCAUUUAAUUGGAUAUAUUUUCUUGUGUGUUCUUUAAUUUUGUAACAAGAGUGAUUUUUGUUGUUAACAACGUUAAGGCAAAUCACUAUUUAAUUCACGGAUUGUAUUUGUGUA